AUGGAAAACGAUAGUUCCGGGAGUAGAAUCUCCCCGUCUUCUUCAACAAUCUCUUGGUACGAUAUUCCACUUUCGGGCGAAGAUGUCCUUGCCGGUCUUUCCCUUAUCAUUCUCGGCAUUUUCUUUAUGAUUCUCUAUUUUGUCGUCGCGCGUGCCAUGUUCAGACAUGAUCGGGAAGUGAUCGGUUUUCGUUUCCUUUUCUCGACCGCCAUCUCCGAUAUGCUCCUUUUGGUGAAUUACUCGAUUUGGCCAGGGAUCACGAUUCUGGUCAAAUCCGAAAUAAUCACCCCGGCGAUGCGGCAUUGGUUUCAGAUGUACAUGGAUUGGGUGUGGUUCUCGAUGUGUUAUCACUAUAUGAUUGUCGCGUGGUCCCGUUUCGCAGCCAUUCGCUCGCCGCUUUCAUUUCGCAGUCAAUCAAGACGUGCCUCUUAUCUGCUCUGUGGUGCCUGUUAUUUCAUUGCGUUAAUACAGGUUCUAUGCACUCAUUUCCAACCUUGGUACGUCACUUUCUACUAUGAGCCGUCAGCCUAUGGAAUGCUGUCAGAGGACUUCAACAAAUACAUGACUGAGGGACAAUCGAUCAUGUUCCUCUCAUUUCACAUUCUGAUGGUCAUCAUUCCUUUCUAUUUUUAUGUCAGAGCCAUCAUUUUAUUGCUGCAGCAUCGUCAGAACUCGAUGAACGGUCAGAGUGGACUCGAUUCGAGUGUUGAGAGCAGAUUGAUCAUCCCGUGCAUUUGCAACACAUUCGUUUUCAUUGUUGGCCAGGUUGUGAUCACGAUUGGAACGGGUGAGGGAAGAUGGGCAACGUACAUGGUGCUUCUUUUGUUCUCCGCAAAUUCCGCGGUGAAUCCAGUGCUGCUAUUGCUUUUCUCGCCGACAAUCAGGAGAAAAGUUAUGGAGCAACUUCACGGCUCACAUCUCUCGAAACUCCGCAAAUACACACCAGCACCGCUUUUGAGAGAAACGCCUCGUUCUCUCGCCGAGAUGGGUGGUCGUCGUGAGGAUUCCCUUCAGCCGAGCUCUGAAUCCGAUAUUCGUGGGCCAGCCUCGUGU